AUGAUUGGCUGCGAAUCGGCGGGAGUUAUGUUCACUUGUGAUCCGAUUACCGGCGAUGAGAGGGUUAUUGAGAUUACAGGCAAUUAUGGAUUGGGAGAAUCUGUGGUCUCCGCGUCUUCAGAACCCGACACAAUCAAAAUGUUCACAAAUAUUGAGUCCAACUCUUUGUCCAAACGAAGACAUAUUAAGGGAAUUGAAUCCAAAGUCAUCGGAAAGAAAAAGACUUUAAUCAAAUUAUUAGAAAAUGGAGGCACUGUUGAGGAAGAGGUCAACGAUAACGACAACUGCUGUAUUAGUGAUGAAGAUUUGCUACGUUUGGGAGAUAUCGGACUUCAGAUUCACAGACAUUACGGAAACGCAAGAGAUAUAGAAUGGGGUCUAAAAGGGGGCCAAAUAUUUAUGCUUCAGUCGAGACCCGUAACUAAUUUAGACAAUUCUUACACCGAUUACGAGAUUAUGCAUGAAUUGGAUUCUUCACAUCCGACAGAGUUUGAAAUCUACUCUCGAGCCCAUUGGGGUGAGAACUUUCCCGGAGCCUCGUCUUGGAAUUGUUUGCAGGGAUUUUUGGCCAAUAAGUCAAAUUUUUUUCGCGAAGGGUUAAGAAACCGCACGAAUAUUGUUGAAGAUUACAACCCAUUUUUUGAAGUAAUGGGCAUUCAAUACAAUCAACUCAUGUUUAAUCUAACAAGUGGUGCAAUGAACUUUUUUGCGGGUUAUCCGGAUUCAAAACAAUCCCAAACUGCGGUAUUAGCGAUGUUUGGCCAUCAGAUCGACGACAAAGACGUUAUACAUAUGUUUCGGAUGAAGAAAUCGGAGGCUAUAAAGCCAUCCCUUAUUACAAAAGUCCGUAUGUUUUCUGAGGGACUCAAAUAUCACGGCCCCGUCUCUAUGGGAUCGGGCAUUAAAAAUGCUAUUUUAAAGGCUAUUCUCCAGAGCGCUUCCACAAAUGAUUUGGAUCUUGAAUUGGAUUAUAAUCUAAUGAUCUCUUCGGCAACAAAUGUAAUCAGUGCUGAAGUGCCAAAAAUGUUGACUGAAAUCGCAAAAUCUAUUAAAGACAAGCAAUGGUUCCGACAAUUGAAUGAUGAGGAAGCGCUACAAGUGUUGACCACUGGAACCGAUGAGUCCUCACAAAAGUUUAGAUACUUUAUUGAAAGACACGGACACAGAGGGUAUCGGGAAGUGGAUCCCAUGUAUAAGCCAUGGAAAGGCAAUCCAAUGCCUUGUAUUAAAACUAUUAAAACAAUACUAUCGGGAAAUGAAUCACAAUUUGAAGAAAAAAUUGAAAAAUCUGUCGAUAAAGUGAUCGAUGAAUUAAAGACACCAUUGAAUCCUUUAAAGAAAUUAUUAAUAAAACAUGCAUUACUUCCGUGGGCUCAACGAGGGAUUGGAUAUCGAGAGCUAUCCAAGUAUUUCAUGAUUUGGAUGACAAACAAACUUAGAGAAGGCUUUUGGUAUUUGGCUCAACAGAUGGUUAACGAAGGUCUAAUCCCAACUGUGGACACAUUCUUCUACUUGACUAUCACUGAAGUGGAAGCGCUAUGUAAUGGACAAAGAGAUCCAUUGAUAUUCUCGAGAGUAAGACAACGGCGAAGACUUUACCCUCGAAUGGAUAAAUACAAGUUCGAAGAGUUUAUUAAAGGACCCGAAAUGAGACCCAGAAAUUUUGAGGACCGGAUUAUACCUCCAGUUCUGACCUCAGGUAUGGUUCAGAUGAAGGGAACGCCUGUUAGUAAUGGAUCCGUAAAAGCGAGGGUUUGUGUGUCUGAAGACAUUACAGAAGCCGAUAAUAUUCAGCCGGGAGAUAUUUUGAUCACGUACUCGACGGACAUCGGUUGGAGUCCAUACUUCCCAUUACUUUCGGGUAUAAUCACAGAAAUCGGUGGAACGAUAUCUCACGGGGCAGUCAUUGCCCGCGAAUACGGGAUCCCGAGUCUGAUAGCAGUGGAGGGCGCGUGUCGUGCCUUCAGGACCGGCGAUAUCUGUCUAUUGGACACUAAGACACAGACCAUCACUAAAAAGAGAUUAUUUGCCGUCAGAUCUUCGGGCGCUUCGGAGGACUCGGAGGAGAUGUCAGCCGCCGGACAAAUGACUACAUAUUUAGGAGUCAAAGGAUUCGAUGAGAUGUACUCAUCAGUGAUGAAGUGCUGGUCUUCACAGUUCUCUCACAUCGCAUACGAGUAUAAGAGAGGUUACGGACAGACCAUUAAUACCCCGAUGGCUGUU